UCUAGAGGGCGCUGUGUGAGCGGAGCCGCGCAUGCGCAGUGUUCUUCAUCUGCUUAUGUUGAUUCGUCCCGUGUUGGUUUUAAACCACCACACUAGCUUAAAUGUGUGCUGGAGGUUUAAAUAACGCGAGCAGAAGACGUAUCCGUUCACCUUUAGCCGUGUCGAGUAUGAGAGGUGCAGAAAAUCAACGCUUUGUUUAGCGUAGAGAAUGUUUUAUAGCGGUUAUAAUGUCACGAGCGAUUUUUUGAGGAACGUCGUUUUCACUCUGUGACGUCACGCGGAACUCUGUCAGCAUGACCCUGGCGUUGACCCCUGCGUCCGUGUGCCAGUGCUUCACUCUGGUGUCGCUGUGCACAUCCAUCGCAGACCCAAACUGGAUCCAGGUCCAGAACUCCUCCGAUCCCGACAGCAAACUCAUCUACGGCGUGGCCUUCACGAUGCACGCGUACCAGAACCGCACCGACACAGGUCCGUUGGGUGGUUUGCACGGAUGGGGAAUGUGGCUCCUGUAUUCGCUGGCAGCUCUCUGUUACUGCGCUGUCUUGUUUUCAAGCUUCUCAUUCCUGAUGGAUUUCCUCGGAGCAUCUGUCAAUCAAUCCAAGCUGGUGACAUCACUGCACGUCUCCACAGCGGUCAGCUGUGUGUCAGUGCUGGGUGUGUGUGUGGCGUGCAUGUGUGUGAUCGAACACAACCUGCACCGAGGGAACCCCGGAUCUCAGCCGAACCGCAUCCUGAUGCCCGGGGAAAGCCUCUUCAUCCAGAUAUUGGGUUUGCUCUUCUCUCUCGCGGCGUGCGCUUUCACCAUCAAGGCUCGGCCAGAACCCGUCAGGUCAUGUGACUACCUGAGCGUGGGCGGAGACGACAGUGAUACGGAGCCUCUGAUUGGUCGAGCUGAGAGGGAGGAGUAAAGUCGCAUAGAGUUUAACCUCUAUAAAGUAAAGAGGUUCACUUGAUUUAUGCACUUUAUUUCUUAUGACGGGAAACAAACGCGAUCGGACAAACACGCAAAACUAGGUGUUUAUGCAAUUCAGGGAGAAUUUGAGUUGAAUUGGUCACACAGGAUGUAGAAUUGGAAUGACAGGAAGUAUUUAUUUCAAAAAAUAAUUCAAAACUUCAUUGAGAUAGCAUGAUACUGUAGUUUUUAUAAAUAUUUUAAAUACUUUUUAAUAUAUUUUCCCUUUGGAUUUAAUUUUUUUUUGUAAUUUCAUUGUUUUUCAAUGUCUGUUUUAUAACAGUUUUAGUUAUUAAGUUGAACUUAAUGAAAAUGAGAAAUGUUACUGAAAUAAAAGUUUGUAUUUUAUAUUUUA